UGUAUACUUUCAGUGCGACGUGGAACCAAAAUCACACAGGCAGCAAUAAAAAAGCAACAACACUGUUAAGGGAACUUUGGACGCAUAUCAACAAUCCGUCGGACUUUUACCUUCUUGUGUCGACGCGGCAGAAAGCCUAUAAAUACCGAGUGAAGCUCUGUCACCUCACAGACGUUAGACCGCUCAGGAUCCUACGGUGUCAAUCAUCAUGAGAGCGCUCGCACUCAUCCUGGCCCUGGCAGUCAUCUCAGGCUGCCAUGGACGGAGUGUGUCAUCACUGGUGUCGAAGAAUCCCAAGAACCCCUGGGAGAUGACUGUGGAAGCUUUUAAGAAUUAUUUUGACGACAUCGACUCCAAAGCCAAGAUGAUGCUGAAGGACAUCAAGAGCUCUGAACUCAGCAGAGAACUGAGCACCCUGAUCCAGGACAGCAUGUCUGAGCUGGCCAUGUACCGGGACGACCUGCAGACCAAACUGGCGCCCUACACUCAGGCAGCAGGAGAGCGGAUGAGCGAGGACCUGAAGCAGCUGUACCUUAAAGUUCAAGAUCACAUGAACAACGCCAAGAAUCAGAUGGCAAACUAUGGUCAGGAGCUGCAGAGCAUGGUGGAGCAGAACACUGAGGACUUCAACGCCAGGGUCAGCACCUACACCCGCAAGCUGAAGAAACGCCUCAACAAGGACAUGCAGGAGAUCAAAAAGAAUAUCGAUGACUAUUUUGUGGAUUUUCAGUCCAGCACCUCAGAGAACAUGGAGAAGGUGAAGUUGCGUUUCCAGCCUUAUUUUGGCCAGCUGCGUGACAACGCCGGGGCAAAAAUCGGCUCCCUGGGCGAGCUGCUAAAGUCUCAGAUGGAGAAGGCGAAGGACAAGCUGGAGACAACAGCAGAGAACAUCAAAGAACAGUUGGACAAAACUGGCGAGGCCAUCCAGUCCACCAUGGAGAACAGGAUGGAGAACGUUCGCGACUGGUUUCAGUCUGUUGCUCACAAAAUGAAGCUGUGAAUCCAGAAAUAGGUCUACUCAAUUUCAGGAUGUUUGACCAACUUAAAUUUUGAGGUCGAUCAACUCUCACUCAAUUUAAUGAAGUUUGCUGAAUAACUUUUAACUGUGCUGUACAUUGUUUUAUCUCCUGCCAUGGCAAAACCUAAAGGUUGGUAUUUCAAACCCUGAAUAACCAUGUCAACAUGUCCUGAGUUGAUCUGAAUCAUGAUUUUAAGUUGGUAUAACUUCACGUGUCACUCUCUUAAGUGGAGCCUGAUGAUGAGCUUAAAUGGAAUAAAGUCAGAAAGUCUG